CAACCGGUAGUUGAAAACUCUUUUUUGCUGAUCCAUAAUUUUCCCUGAGUAAGGUCGCAUAAGAUUCAUGUGAAUACCAAAUCCUUCGUCUCCAACAAACACAUAUGGAGUGCAACCUGGUAUAGACUCAGACAAGGGCUUUGGCUUGGGGAUAGGAAGAUCAUUGUUAGCAAUGUCUCUCCAAAGCUGUGUCUCCUUAAACAAUGAUGAAUCACAGUCUUUCCCAGCUCCAACCACUGGUCUGGCAACAUUGAUAUUUUGGACCCACUUUCUGCUGUGUGAACGUUGUUUUUUUCUUUUUAAAUAUAAGUAAUAUAGGUAGAGCAGGUGGUCCUGUGUGUCCAUGAUGAAAGAAUGGAGGCAACUGGCAGGUGGACGGCACAGGCCGUGCCGUUGUGUCAACGGCGCCCGCCGUCGACACCACGGCGCUCUCUCUGGAAUGCACGGCGCUGGGUCCUAGACGGCGGACGGCGUAAAGUCGAUACGUCUGAAAGGGGCCUAACGCCACGGCCUCCAUCUUCCCCGCCGUUAACACCGCAGCAUCCAGCUAAGGUGCAGUAAAGGUCACGCCAGGACACAGCCACGAGGACUGUCAGGUCAGGGAGAGAUACAGCAUUCCAUUCCUCUCCAUUCUUGACAGCAGUGGAAAGGUCACCAAUAUUGUGCCAGAGUUUGAGGGUUUGCUGAGGUUUGAGGCGCGGGGGGCAGUGCCGUCGGCCCUGUCGGCAUUGGGGCUGUACAGAGGGUGCCACGCCCACCCCAUGACGGUGCCUCGCUGUAGCAGGACGCAGGAUGUCAUUGAGCCCGUGCUGAGGCCCCAGUGGUUCGCUUGGUGCAAGGAGUUGGCACAGGAGGCGUCCGAGGCUGUGCAGAGCGGCCGUCUGAACCUGGUGCCACAGCUGCACAGGAGGGCUUGGCAUAGCUGGCUGGACAACAUCACAGACUGGUGUGUCUCCCAGCAGCUCUGGUGGGGCCACAGAAUCCCAGUGUACCACAUCACUGCAGCAGACGGCUGGGAGGUGUGGGUGGCGGCUGCUUGGAGGAGGAUGCAAGGCGGAAGGCUGUGGAGAAGGAAGGCACACCCUUGGCCUCCUUGUCCACCCAGCAGGAGGAAGAUGUUCUGGACACCUGGUUCUCCUCUGGCCUGUUUCCCUUUGCCUCGCUGGGCUGGCCGGGUCAGGGGAGGGGAGAGACCAUGCCUGACCUUGCUCGCUUCUACCCAACGACCUUGGUGAAGACGGGUCACGACAUCCUCUUCUGGGUGGCUCAGGUGGUCAUGCUGGGACUCAACUUGACAGGGAGGCUUCUCUUUAAGACUGUGCUGCUGCAUGGCCUCCUGUGUGAUGGUGGCGGCCACAAGAUGUCCAAGUCCUGGGGCAGUGUGAUAGACCCCCUGGAUGUCAUCAAUGGGGCGUCCCUGGAGGUACUGUGCGAGAGGGUGGAGGGGAGCCUGAAUGCAUAAGAGGUACUCACUGGUAUCAGGAUGAACUCCCCUACAGGCAUCCCAGAGUGUGGAGCUGAUGCCCUUCGGUUCACUCUGUGCUCCACCAACUUCAAGAGUCACUGUGGCAUAGAUAGAUGAACGUGUAUGACUGUGGUGCUUCAAGUCUUGUGUGGAGUUACCAGGUGGUAACAUGGAGAGCAAGUGGAAGAAACCUUGGGAGACUUCCAUGACUCAGGAACAAGCACACCUCACUGGGAGCCUUGUGACUGACAGGUGGUUCAGAUGUCAAAACCCCUCAGGAAGCAAACAGCUCAUGCAGGGAAACCACAGAAUGCCUAACUUCUGAUCUGAAGAAGAAUGAAACAAGAAUGAAGAAAUGAAGAAGGAAAUAUAAAAAUAGAAAGAAUGAAUGAGGGAAGAAGAUGAUAAACACGACAGCAGGUAGCAAGAAGGUAUCACCACCCUGAUAGAGAAGAGGCGAGACGUGGCCACCGAGAAGAACAACAAGGUGCGGUGAGUCAUCACAACACUAACAGGGCCGGAGAUUAGCACAAGAUUACAAGAAAAGGUACUCAGGAGGCCAUCAAUGAAUUAGUAUGCGAGGGAAGCAGAGGUCACCAGGAGCAGAUGAUGUGGACAACACGGACAGCCGGCACACCAUAGGAACCGCCGCCUUCUUUUUCCUGAUUAGAAGAUGCGAUUACCAAAGCUACUCAGGAAUGAAUCUUAUUGAAAGUUAAGAGAAAAUAAACUGUCUGAUCGAAGUAUGGGAAGAAAAAUAGAGUUACUUGAAAGUGGACCUUGCGGAAAGUAUAGGAAAAUGAACCAUAUGAUCAAAGUUUGAGAAAAUUAAUAUACCUACUUGAAAAUUAACCUUAUUGAACGUUACAGGAAAAUGAACCGUAUGAUCGAAUUACUGGAAAAUAAAUGUUAUAGCAACGGGAGCCUUGUUGGGACAAAAGGUCGCUAUAACAUCACGUGUAUAUUACAAGGUGUAGGAGACGGGAAUAGACAGAAGCAGACAGAGAGACAAGCUACACCAGAGAGGGUCAAGAUGGGCAAGGUCCCUGUCACAGUGCCAGAGCAAGGAGGCGGAGUGGGACGCGCGUUGUGGCACCAACACAGAGGCAGGCAGCCUGAAGCAAGGGCAGUAACACAGAGGCAGGCAGCCUGAAGGAAGGCCAGCAACACAGAGGCAGGCAGCCUGAAGGAAGGCCAGCAACACAGAGGCAGGCAGCCUGAAGGAAGGCCAGCAACACAGAGGCAGGCAGCCUGAAGGAAGGCCAGCAACACAGAGGCAGGCAGCCUGAAGGAAGGCCAGCA